AUGGCGCCGCCGCUGCUGCAGAUAUACUCGGCAACGUAUUCGAACGUGCCGGUGUUCGAGUUUGUCACCCCCGAGGGCCCCAUCAUGCGGCGCAAGCUGGACUCGUGGAUCAACGCCACGCACAUCUUGAAAAUCGCCAAGUUCCCGAAGGCCCGCCGCACGCGCAUCCUCGAGAAGGACAUCCAGACGGGCAUACAUGACAAAGUGCAGGGCGGAUACGGCAAGUAUCAGGGCACGUACGUGCCGCUCGACAUCGGCACGGAGCUCGCGCGCAACUUCGGCGUGUAUGAGCUUCUCCAGCCAAUCUUCGACUUUGUGUACGUGGAGGGCCGGCUGGAAACGCCGCCGCCGGCCCCGAAACACAACCACGCGUCCGCGCUGAACAUCGCCCGCCGCCAGAUGCAGCAGCAACAGAAACUAAAGCGCGAGACGCAAGCACACAGCUCCGAAAGCCCGGCCUCCCACAAGCGCAUGAAGCUGGAGACCAACGCCCACGACGCCGGACGUCCAACCGCCCAGGACAAGCCGAGGCGGGUCGCGUUAUCUGCGCGGGAAAACCCGCCCCCGCUAGCCGAGUCGCACACCAGAGACUCGUCGUUCUCUGUGUCCAGGCUACCGCCGCUCUUGCGCCAGGACACGGAGCGCGACGCGUUGCUGAUCAUGGCCAGCAACAUGAACGUGCGCCAGGCGGACUUGGAGGUCUCUCACAGCGACGACGAGACGCCGGCGCGGAUCCGCGGCAGUGUGAGCAAGCACGACCCGUUCAACGUGAGGGAGUCCGACGACGACGAGUUCAUGUCUGGCAAGGAGCUUUUCGGCUCGCGUGCAUUCGUGCUGUCGCACAACUUGCACGGGAGAACCAUGCCGAGCCUCACCGGGAGCCCCGAGCGGGCGCAUCAGCUUUUGAGCUUGAACGGCAGUGUGGGCCGCGCACACGGCGUGGGUCUCCCUGGACAGAGCUACUUGAAAAAUACAGCGGAGGACGCCGAGUCCGCCAAAUAUUUCGACACCCUUCUCGAGUACCUCAUGGAGGAUAGCAGCCUGGCCAGCCCCAGUGGAGGCUGCAAACCGGGCUCCUUCGAGCUUCCUGAAAAGAUCCUCCACCCGCCACAGCCGCUUCUGAAGAUCAACAUCAACCGGCCCGUCGAUGAAGACGGAAACACGGUCUUCCACUGGGCCUGCUCCAUGGCGAAUAUGGGCAUCAUCGAGUUCCUACUAUCGAUCUUCCCCAACUUCAUUGAUAGCGGCGUCACGAACUACAACGGCGAGACGCCACUCAUGUUUUUGGUGCAGUUCCGCAACAGCUACCAGUUGAACAACUUCCCUGUAAUCCUUGAUAUGCUCUUCGACUCGUUCCUCUCUGUCGACAAACUCGGACGCACAGUUUUGCAUCAUAUUGCAUUGGCGUGUGAUUUGUCCAAGUUUGAUAACUCCCAGCGAAACGAGCCUGACCUGGGGUUCAAGGCCAGAAAAGAAAGGUUCGUGAGCUAUUACUUCGAAAUCAUAUUCUCAAAGAUCGUGGGAUUCCCAGACUAUCAGCUACUGCACGGUGAUGAAAAGCGGAGCUUGGAAGAAAAGAAGGAGUUAAUCUUCAAGUUUGUUAAUCACCAAGACAACAACGGCAACACAGCUUUUCACAUCGUUGCCCAUAACAUGUCGAAAAAGUGCAUUAAAACAUUUAUCUGCUUUCACAAGUUUAUCGAUUUGUCUUUACGGAAUCACGUCAAUUACAGUGUUGAAGACUAUUUGGCGUCACACAAUUAUCUCUUGCGCCUCGAGAGCGAUAACGGCUCUGUUCCGCAUCCUAGCGAAAAGGGACUUGUUUCUUCUCAUUCAAUAUUCCCCAUGGAACACACGCAGAGCUUCGAGACGCAGUUGCAUAAAACAAGAAUGGCAAUGAACUAUCACAACACAUCAAUAAAUCUAGUCACCGAGAAACUCAGUGAGCUCUCUUACUGCAUGGAAAACGAGUUGAAGCAAAAAGACAACAAACUAGAUUCUCUCUAUCGCUAUUUCCGAAUCAUCGGAUUGGAAAAAUUCAAAUCACAAGAAGCAGUCUUGCAGCUUUUCAAUUUAGGAUAUCUAGUGGAAGACAUUGCGAAGGACUACGGUGCUUCUGAGGAUUGUUCUCAGUUGGAAGCAAAGGCUGACACCGUGAUUUUGGGUAGCGGCUCGAGAGACAAAGUGAUCCAGGAAGAAGUGAGUCGAUUGAUGAAUGACCUGAUAUUUCAGAAAAUCAGCGCAGAAGAGGAAUUGCUUCAUUCUUUGACUCGGUACAAGUACUCAAGGGAGAAGGCCACACAAAUUCGCUUGAAAGAUCACGUGAAAGUCUCGCCAAGUACAGUGGCAGAGCCCAAGAACAUAAAGACAUUUCAGUUAGCCGUGAGCUUGCAAAAUCAGGUCUUGCGGCGUAAGCUUCUUGCAAACAAGCUCUACGAGCAAGAAGCAAGAGUCCCUUUAUUUGCCGCUAAUAAAGACGAAUUCAAGGAAAAUAGGCCCGAUAUUACGGGCCGCCUAAAUCUUCCGAUUUCUGAAUACCCGUCUUCGGACAAGCUUCACAAAUACUGCAAGUUGGUUGCACUCAGCUGUGGCAUGUCCAUGACAGAGGCAGAAAACAGCAUCGACCUCAUCGAGCAGUCCCUUGCGAAAAACAAUGUUGGAUAA